AUGUUGACUUACAAUCACCACCUCCAACCUUCAAUCACGCCAAUCGAGCUUUUCCGUGUAUUUGCGUUGAGCGACGAGUUUAAGUACAUCCCAGUUCGUCAAGAGGAAAAGUUAGAACUGGCCAAACUUCUUGGACGUGUGCCAAUUCCCGUCAAAGAAGGUGUCGAGGAACCUCAUGCGAAGAUAAAUGUACUCCUGCAAGCUUACGUUUCAAGAUUAAAACUGGAUGGACUUGCGUUAAUGGCGGACUUGGUCUACGUUACUCAGUCAGCUGGAAGAAUCUUGCGUGCUAUCUUCGAAAUCACUCUUAAAAAAGGAUGGUCUUCGGUAGCCAGGACAGCUUUGGAGCUUUGCAAAAUGGCCGAGAAGCGCAUGUGGCCAACUAUGUCACCACUUCGACAGUUUGCCGGAUGUCCCCGGGACAUUAUACAGAAAGCCGAAAGAAUUGACGUUUCAUGGGCCAACUACUUUGAUCUUGACCCACCACGUAUGGGAGAAUUGCUAGGCCUUCCGAAAGCUGGCCGAACUGUCUGUAGUCUUGUUGCAAAGUUUCCACGACUAGAAGUCCAGGCACAAGUACAACCAAUGACGCGGUCAAUGCUGAGAGUAGAGUUAACCAUCACGCCCAAGUUUGAGUGGGAUGACGAGAUUCAUGGCACUGCGGAAAGCUUUUGGAUUAUAGCUGAAGAUUGUGAUGGCGAAGACAUACUUUUCCAUGAUCAAUUUAUCCUUCGUAAAGAUUUCGCUCAAGCCGAGAUGAAUGAGCAUCUUGUCGAAUUCACAGUCCCCAUCACGGAGCCCAUGCCGCCACAUUAUUUUAUCACUGUCGUCUCAGACCGAUGGAUGAAUUGUGAAACUAAGCUUGCAGUCUCAUUCCAGAAACUCAUUUUGCCCGAAAAGUUUCCACCUCACACACCGUUAUUAGAUUUACAGCCUUUACCUGUAGCAGCAUUAAAGAUCGACGAAUUCAAAUCACUAUACCCUGAUUGGGAUCGCUUCAACAAGAUUCAAACACAAACAUUCAAAUCUCUUUUUGACACAGACGACAAUGUGUUUGUUGGAGCACCCACGGGAAGCGGCAAGACUGCUUGCGCCGAGUUUGCAUUGCUGCAUCACUGGAAAAGCGAUGAUCCAGGACGUGCUGUCUAUAUCGCUCCAUUCCAAGAGCUUGUUGAUCUUCGACUUCAAGAUUGGCAGAAACGUUUAUCGAGUCUCCGUGGAGGCAAAGAAAUUGUGAAGCUCACAGGAGAAACCACUGCUGAUCUCAAACUCUUGGAGAGGGGUGAUUUAAUCCUUGCAACACCUUCUCAAUGGGAUGUUUUAUCGCGACAAUGGCAACGUCGGAAGAACGUUCAGAAUGUUCAACUCUUUAUCGCGGAUGAGCUGCACAUGCUUGGUGGACAGGCUGGCUUCGUCUAUGAAAUCAUUGUCUCUCGCAUGCAUUACAUCCGAUCACAAACCGAAUUACCACUGCGAAUUGUGGGAUUGAGUGUUUCCCUUGCAAAUGCUCGUGAUAUUGGAGAGUGGAUAGAUGCGAAGAAGCAUAACAUCUACAACUUUAGUCCCCAUGUCCGUUCAGUUCCUCUGGAGCUUCAUAUUCAGUCGUUCACCAUUCCCCAUUUCCCAUCUCUCAUGCUUGCUAUGGCAAAGCCAACCUAUCUUGCCAUAAACCAAAUGUCGCCAGAUAAGCCUGCUCUUGUAUUUGUUCCCAGCAGAAAGCAAGCUCGUGCUACGACUCGUGAUUUACUCCUGGCAUGCGUAGCUAGUGAUGACGAAGAUCGGUUCUUGCACGCAGAUGUGGAGGCGAUGAAGCCUUUGUUGGAACGUAUUCAAGAAGAAGCGCUCGCAGAGUCCAUCUCGCAUGGCAUAGGUUAUUACCAUGAGGCUCUUAGCACAAGUGAUAAACGUAUCGUGAAACAUCUUUACGACAAUGGUGCCUUACAAGUAAUGGUUGCGUCUCGUGAUGUUUGCUGGGAGCUUGAUUGCAAAGCACAUCUAGUUAUUGUGAUGGGUACGCAGUUUUAUGAAGGCAGGGAGCACCGCUAUGUCGAUUAUCCUCUUAGUGAGAUCCUACAAAUGUUCGGCAAAGCAACACGACCGAUGGAAGACAAAAUUAGUAGGGGUGUUCUGAUGGUACCAGCGGUCAAAAGAGAGUACUACAAGAAGUUCUUGAACGAAGCUCUUCCAAUCGAGAGUCAUCUUCAGGUGUAUUUACAUGAUGCUUUCGUGUCUGAGAUUAGCACAAAAACGAUCGAGUCAGCUAGCGAUGCCAUCAACUGGACUACUUUCACGUACUUCUAUAGAAGAUUACUUGCAAACCCCAGCUACUACAGUCUCAAAGACACAUCCCAUGAAGGGCUAAGUGCGCACCUGUCGGAGCUUGUAGAAACGACUUUGAAAGAUCUGGCCGAGUUCAAAAUCAUUGAUUUGGAUGAAGAGGAUGACUCUGUUACUCCACUAAACGCAGCAAUGAUUGCUGCUUAUUAUAACAUCUCAUACAUAACCAUGCAGACCUUUUUGCUGUCAUUGACUGGCCGUACCAAACUUAAGGGCAUUCUGGAAAUUGUCACUUCGGCAACUGAGUUCGAGUCCAUCCAGAUCAGAAGACACGAAGACAGCCUACUACGUAGAGUAUAUGAUAGGCUUCCCGUCAAAAUGGCUCAGCCAAGCUUCGAUUCGCCACACUUCAAGGCAUUCGUACUUCUCCAAGCCCAUUUCUCAAGAAUGCAAUUACCGAUUGACCUUGCCAAAGACCAAGAGAUUAUCCUGACGAAAGUCCUCGGCCUCUUGAGUGCUACCGUAGAUGUCUUGUCCUCAGACGGCCAUAUCAAUGCAAUGAAUGCAAUGGAAAUGUCACAAAUGGUUGUUCAGGGCAUGUGGGAUCGCGACAGUCCUUUGAAACAGAUACCUCAUUUCAAACCUGAGGUCAUUAAAGCUGCAAAUGGAUCUGGUAUCAAGGACAUAUUUGAGUUUAUGGAUGCGAUGGACCCUUCCGAAAAUCCGGACUACGAAGCUCUCGUCAAACGACUCGGUCUCUCGCAAACACAAUUAGCGCAGGCAGCCGAUUUCACGAAUUCGAAAUAUCCUAACAUUGAGCUUGACUUUGAAGUGGAGAAUCCGGACGAGAUUGUGGCUGGAUCACCUGCUUACAUUAAAAUCAAAAUUUUACGAGACAUUGACGAAGAUGAUGAUGCGACAGAGGUGGACAUGUCCGUACAUGCUCCUUUCUACCCCGCAAAGAAAAUGGAAAAUUGGUGGCUGGUAGUCGGUGAUGAGGGUUCGAAAACUUUGCUGGCGAUCAAACGGGUCACAAUCGGAAAAGCAUUAAAUCUUCGGCUGGAAUAUACGGUACCAACAUCUGGAGAGCAUGAUUUGAAGUUGUUCCUCAUGAGCGACAGUUACGUGGGUGUCGAUCAGGAUCCUGGUUUCCAUGUCUCGGUGGCAGAAGGAAUGGACGAAGAUGAAGAAGAAGACGAAGACGAAGACGAAGACGAAGAAUGA